GUUAGCGGCUGGAACAGUGCUUAGUAGCUGUAGCACGCCCGACCAGCAGCAGCACCGUCGCUGCCGAACACAGUCGCUCUCCAAGGUGCUGGAACUCAGAAGCGCUAGAUUUUCUCUUUCUUCAGCACCGCGCGUGACGACGAGGAAAGAAAAGCCCGAGCGCUUAAUCCUCUUUCACGUGACGACCUUCGGACUUAAUGAAUCGUGCUUCGUGGGUUUUGUUAGAUUGUGCUCGUGCCUGCGUGUAUGUGUGUGUGUGUGUGCGUACGUGUGAGUGUUUUGUCUUUUGAUCCUUAACCUCGUCAGAAGCAAGAGCCCUCGGUCCGUGAGUGAGAGGGGGAUCACGCCACAAGCACCGUGUGCAGGCGGUCGGGAACCAGGGGUCGAUCUUCGUUUUGAUUCGUGAUUUAAUCGUAAACUUUCUUUUAUUUAUAUAUAUAUAUAUAUGGUGUUGCCUGCGUGCCAUUCAAACAGUGGAAAUGUAAGGCAAAGACAGAGGAUUUUCCCCAGAUUUUCAGGAGAAAUUGGAAAUAUUAAGAUGAUUGGACGACCGAGAGCCCGAGGAAGACUAUAGGAUUUACUUAAAGCGCUUCUUUUCCCCCUUCUUCCCCCCCACCCUCUUCCCUUUUCCUCCUAUAUUUCAUUUCGUCUAUCGUAGGACUAAUAAGAUUGCAUCCAACAUACUUUUACGCGGAGAGUACGACUUCUCUUCAACUGGAAAAGGAAACAGCCGGCUCUACAACAGGCUGCUGUUUGAAUCUCUUUUUUUUAAGGCUGGACAGACUCAAGUCAGGGGGAUUACAACAUCUUUCGACGCCAGGCAAAGAUAACCACACACACACACACACACACACACACACACACACACACACACACACACACACACACACACACACACACACACACACACACACACACACACACACACACACACACACACACACACACAAACACACACCUACCCCUAUGGAUGAAGUAUACGGACGCCUAGGGGGAACUGUCUUGAUCUGAUCCGCACAAGGCGUUUUGGACUCUCUAGUUUCGCGAAAAAAAAAGAAAGAAAGUGGGAACAAGCAAUUCUACACGAGUCGUCUCUAUGGAGCUCAGGACGCCACCGCGGACAACAGGGGCCUAGAAUGACAGCCAUAUGCUCUUGUCGAAGCGCCAUAUAGCAAAUAUCGCGGCGAAGUAUGGGCCCCCUCUCUGCAGUCCUCUGCGUCGUGUUGCUUGCUGUGAACGCCUGCUCUGCCGCCUCGGUCAACCCAGAGGAUUAUGCCGCUGACGACGCGGAGCGGACCGCAAACGACAACAUCUUCUUCGAUGACUAUCGAGGGAAAGGAUGUGUGGACGACAGCGGCUUUGUGUACAAACUCGGGGAGCGGUUCUUCCCCGGACACUCGAACUGUCCGUGCGUGUGCACAGGGGACGGGCCCGUGUGCGACCAGCCGGAGUGUCCCAAGAUACACCCAAAGUGCACCAAAGUUGAACACAAUGGUUGCUGCCCCGAGUGCAAGGAGAUUAAGAACUUUUGUGAAUACCGCGCGAAAACGUACAAGAUCCUGGAGGAGUUUAAGCCUUCGCCCUGCGAGUGGUGCCGCUGUGAGCCAAACAAUGAGGUUCACUGUGUGGUGUCGGACUGCGCCGUGCCCGAGUGCGUCAACCCCGUGUACGAGCCGGAGCAGUGCUGCCCCAUCUGUAAAAACGGUCCAAACUGCUUUGCUGGAACCACGAUCAUCCCUGCAGGGAUCGAAGUGAAGGUGGACGACUGCACCAUCUGCCGAUGCCACAACGGGGACUGGUGGAAGCCGGCGCAGUGCUUGCGGCGGGAGUGCCUCAACGGCCAAUCGUUGUCAUAGAGACGACUCCACCAGAGACAACAGAGGCGAAGCUCGGGCGAAGGACCUACCUACUGCACCAUUUUCAAAAAAAGAUGAUUGACAGCAUAGGAGCACAAUUCCCUAAGCAAAAGGCUGAAACUGCUGAGCAGCCGAGAUGUGCUCUCGCAAAAAAGUUUUGCAUCCCGACAAAUCAGGCCGCUGAAAAGGAAGAUGGAACUUUGUUUCGGAGACUCUUUUCACCUGCCAAGUUAGCUGUUCUAUAUAUUUUUCAGUCCAAUUGCUGCGCUCACGCAAAAUGACUUCUAUAUAUUGUGUUCCAUGGACUCAUUCCUGACCACUGGCACUGUUGAAUUGCCGAGUUGAUUCAUUCUUUGUGUAUGCCAUCUGCCUGUUGUAGCCGUCACAAAUCACAGGCGUUGUAAAAAAGAAAAGAAAAAAAUUCUGAUGGCAGGAAGCAGACAGGAAGCACAGCGUGUAUGACACUUUUUUGACACUGAUGAGAGAUCUGCAAAGCUGCACCCACAAUUCACAGCUUUGCUUGAGGAUCUUGUUUACAAUGUACACCCCAUAUACACAAGCAAACUGUUUUCCUAAUAUGACAUGUGUUUUGGUUUUUUUCAGUUCUGGCAGGAUCUCUCCCACCCACUCCCAAGAAAGCACCGUCAGUUUGCUGUAAGGCUAUCAAACUGAUAUCUAGCAAUGAUAGUGUGGUUUCCAGCACAGCCGCAGUGUAACUACAGUGUGGACACUGCAACUCAGUGGAAUUUUGUCAAGCUGACACGGACAGAUGUAGCAGACGUUGGGUUUGCCCGGUGUACUGAUGUAACUAUUAAAAAGAGGAAGAGCAGAAAUUCAACCCACACACAAGGUCAAGCCUUUUUUAUUUUUUUCAAUUCCCUAGAAACCUAUACGUACAGUAUUAUUUCUACAGUUACAAUUCCCCAGACUAUAGACUUAAACUCUGGUGAAGGGGACAGCCUCUGUUCUUUUUGAAAGGUUUCAAAUCAGAACCAAAAACGAAAUACUGUACGUGAAUUUACAAGCGCACAAUUCAACAACCACCCAGGUACCCACCCACCAAACCCUCGCCCAUCAACCCUGCUUUUUUCAAAGCAUUGAUGCCAGGCCCAUGAAUAGAUAAGUCACCACGAGCAGCUGGUCGCCCCUUCUGCGACAGAUUGGCCAACAGAUUCCCUCUUGUGUUGUCAACUCCUCCUCAUCCUCCUCCUCCUCCUCCUCCUCCUCAUCCUCCUCCUCCUCCUCCUCCUCUCCGCCUCCAUCACAUCUGCACAGAGCAGAAGGUUCAGCCGGGGUCCGUGGCCCACACUGGGUGCCACGGGGGGAUGAGCGUUUGGGCCUUGAUAGAUGGGCGACUUGAGUAAAAAGGCCUCAAACUGUAGACCAGACAGCUCAGUCUCUUUUUCUUUUUUUUCUCUCAGCCAUGGAAGUCUUAACUUGAGAAAAGAUGAUUUCAAGUAAGUUCACGCCAUUCAUCAGGGAAACAUUUUUGUCCAUUUCCAGAAAUUCUUUUCCCAUUAACCUUUUAGACCCGGCUGCUGGCUCAUGAUGGAUGGUCUCGUUAACAGCGGCUCCAAGCCGGCCGUAAUGAGACAGCCAUGGACAUGGGAUGCAGACCCCUGACUCAAGAAUAGACGGAAUAAUACAUUUGCUUGAAAACGAUCUGCAUUCUACACACCUGCAGCUUUGCCAUGUGCAGACAAAGCCUGUGCAGACGCCGACACAUUAAGAUAUGCUAGUUUCAGAUGAGGGAUGGAAGUGUGGGUCAUUCCCAUCAUUAACGUCAGAUGAUUAGGUUGACUCACCUCUGAUGACUGAUCCCAUCUGGCCAAGGGACCAUAAUGUAUGCAGACUGACACGACACAAAGCUAACCCUUGUGUCGAUCAUUUUAUUUACAGUGACUGGCAUCAAAAACAUGUUGGAGCCCAUACCCCGUGUGUCUUAUUCAUAUGAUUAACAUUGGAUGGUAUGGAAUAAACGUGAAUAAGAUUGAGAAAGACUGAGAGGGAAGUUCAAAUGAGUUCCGGAUAAGGAGACUCAAAGGAGUUGCCGCCACCAAAGAUGCCUUCUUGCUACCGUUCUACACGAGAUCUUUGUACAAACAAAAACAGACAAAACCCCCUCUCUUUUCUUAGUGUGAGUAAGUGCACUGUACUGUCUGCAACAAUGCAUCACCAGGAGCUAGCUAGCCUGUCACCGCUUUGAACAGCAAACCCCAGCAGGAGCCGUUACAGGGUGUUAUAUUCUUAGCCCUUCGACUAAAGUAAGUGUUCAAUGAUUAUCUUCUUAAAAAAAAUUCCAACAGAUACAGCAAGGUCAAAAGGUUUGUACUUUUUAGAAGUCUAGCGAUUAGAAUUGCAGUCUUCUUCUGUGGUUUUAGUGACAGGGACACCGGAGAAGCAGUGCAUUUUUUAACAUUUCUGGUGUGAUUAGUGUCAAGGCAAGCCAUUAUCAGUACUCCGUUCCGGUGUGCAUCCCCACAACAAAGUGGAGAGGUCGGAAGUAAAAAGAGUAAAAGCUAAAUAAAUAUUUCCAGACUUCAAAACCCUUCAGACGAACAGGAAAGUAUAGUUGUAUAUUUAUGACAGAUAUUUCCACUGACAAAGAUCAAAUCUCCCCUCAUGCUUGACUCAACACAGAGCCGACGGUACAAAGGUUGAUUUCCCUCGGUAUAGGAAAGAACGCGUUGGGAGAUCGGGCUAGUGUCGCAAAGCGUUACGAUUCCUUUCACUUGCUGUUCCCAAAGUAUAAGCAACCAUGAGGCCUGUGGCUAAGAAAUAAAUAGGAGUAGCAGAGAAAAGGUUAAGAGUUUACCUUUUUUCCUUGAAAGGUACACAAAGCUGCAGAGUUUCAGGGAAAGAACCAUGCCUUUUUUUCGUUUCUUUUUUCUCAUUUCCUGGCAAAUAUCAAAUCUUUGAGUUUCUCUGAAUGUCUCGGAAAUGGAAAAGAUCUGCUCCUAAUUUCAUACACAGGCUUGUACAUGGGCAUUUUGUAAAGGUGCUCCAUACUCUCUUUUCAAGUGACACCAACUUACUGUAGUUUGAAACUAUAUGAACUACAUGAUAAAAAAAAAUGAAAAACCGAAAAAAAUACUGUUAUUUAACAUGUGCCUGAAAACCAGAUUGAGAGUACUAUGUUAAAUAAGGAGAAAGAAUCACUGUUAUUAUAUAUAUUACAAUCAAUCAGUUGUAUUUAUUUAUAUUUUGGACACCUUGGGUCUGUUGCUCAUACUACCAUUUUGUGUAAAUGCAGAACUUUAUAUUCAUAAAUAAGCAAGGGUUUGGCUGUUAAAACACACAUACAAAUACACACGCACAUAUGCCCGCACCCUCCCACACAAAAAGCUGGGGUUAAUCAAUAGUUCAAAGAAAAAAUAUCGAAAUUAUAAAUUGUAAUGGUUCACCAAACCUGAGCGUGCCAUAUGUUGUGUAUAUGUAAAUAUAUCCAAAUGUAUCAUGUGUAUUAUGAACUCUGAGAUGGAAAGGAAACUGUGUAUUAUUUAUGGAGACAAACACUAUUUUGUUAAAUAGAAUUGAAAAGAAGUGUUAUUCAGCGAAA